ACACACACACACACACACACACACACACACACACACACACACACACACACACACACAGUGACGGCUGCCAGGCGCAGUGGGAAGCAAGUCGUCAGGGAGAGAGCUUGAGAAGAGAAGAGAAGGAAUCGCAGAGGGGAAGAGAAGAAAAGAGAAAGAGAGUUUGGAGGAGGCACCUUGUGGAUCAGAGGGGAUUUUCCUCUGUGUGAGUGCGCGUCCGGAUAAGGCUGUCCGCUCCUUGCCGAGCAAGGGGACUUUUAACCGAGGCUUUUCCUCUUUUUGCUCAUCCUCCGAGCCGGGCUCCAUCGAUAUCUACCUAUCCAUCCCCAGAGCUUAAACAAAAGAGGGAGGGCGUGAGUGAGUGAGAGAGAGAGAGAGUGAGAAAGAAGGCAGUCACAGCUCCAGCUCCAGACCACCCUCUUUCCUCCUCCUCCUCCUCCUCCUCCAUUCGUGUGUGAGUUCAUCGCUGAUUUCACUGUCUUUUGAGCAUAGAGCAGAGGACAGCGUGUGUUCUCCAGGAUACAGCCGAGCUCCCGGUGGGAUCAGGGUCUCGUCUGGUGUGUGUGUGCGCGUGUGUGUGUGUGAGAGAGAGAGACAGAGAGGGAGAACGAGACAGGGAAACGGAUACACAGGGAAGAGAGAAAAGAGACAGAGGGAGCCGAGAGAGAGAGAGAGAGACUGGAAAGCAAAUUGAAGGGGCAUGUUUGGGGCAGCGGAGAAGAAGUGAGUCUGAUUUUUAGAUCAGAGAGUGCAAGGAACCUGCAACAGAAUCCCAUCCGAUCCUUCCUUCCUCCCACUCCUCGCCCUCUUCUUCUCCUUCCCUCUCUCCGUCCUGCUACCGGAUCUCCCCUAUUGUUUCCGGCGUUGAGACUUCGAUCCUUUCACAUCUAUCCUUCCUCGCCCUCCACCUCCUCCUCUCUACACCGACACCUUGUUCUGACGCCACUCCAGAUUCCCAGUCUUCUUUUUUUCCAGUACUCAUGGGAAGAACGGUUUUGUGAGGCCCCCCCCCCCCUGCGAGCUCCCAGACAAGUAGACGGACUAAUAUCCCAAGUACUAUCUGUCCUUCUAUCCACCCCUCCUCUUUGCGUUGAUCACCCACAAACACACACACACCCACACACACACACACACACACACACCAGAGUAAGAGACCGUUCUCUCUCUGCAUCCUCGACUCUUGGAACGCGGUCGUCUAAAGGAUCCAGGCCAGCCCCUUUGGAGUGAUCGCGCCCCACCAGCGAGCUUCUCUCUCCAGCCUCCAGGACCUUCGAUUGGAUUCCAGCUACAUGGGAAAACGCUUGGAGCAGCAGCCAAUGUACCCCAAGACAUACUACUACCCCCACUAUCUCCACACCAAGCAGUCCUAUGCUCCUCCCCCUCCAGCCUUGGCUCUGCCCAGUCCCGGCCACACAGGAGGAGGAGGAGGAGGAGGAGGAGGUGGAGGUCAGGGAGGAGGGCUAAUGGAGCUGCUCAGUAAGACCAACCUGUACAUCCGAGGCCUGCCGCCGGCCACCACCGACCAGGACCUCAUCAAACUCUGCCAGCCAUAUGGGAAGAUUGUAUCAACGAAGGCCAUCUUGGACAAUAACACCAAUCAAUGCAAAGGCUAUGGCUUCGUGGACUUUGACAGCCCCGCAGCGGCCCAGAAGGCCGUGUCCUCGCUCAAAGCCAGCGGAGUCCAGGCGCAGAUGGCGAAGCAACAGGAGCAGGACCCCACCAACCUCUACAUCUCCAACCUGCCGGUGUCCAUGGACGAGCAAGAGCUGGAGAACAUGCUGAAGCCCUUUGGCCACGUCAUUUCCACGAGGAUACUGAGGGACGCCAAUGGCAUGAGCAGAGGAGUCGGCUUCGCCAGGAUGGAGUCGACAGAGAAGUGUGAUGUGGUGAUCCAAAAUUUCAAUGGAAAAUUCUUGAAAACCCCUCCAGGCAUGACAGCCCCAGCGGAGCCAUUGCUGUGCAAGUUUGCGGAUGGAGGCCAAAAAAAGAGGCAGACCCAGGCCAAGUAUCCCCAGAAUGGCCGACCGUGGACACAGGAAGGAGAGAGUGGCAUGGCGUUGACGUACGAUCCCUCUGCGAUGCAGAACGGGUUCUACUCUUCACCAUACAGCAUCUCCACCAAUCAGAUGAUUGUACAGACAUCGAUCACACCUUGCAUCGCUGCCUCUCCUGUCUCCACAUAUCAGGUCCAGAACACAUCUUGGAUGCCACAUCAACAGUAUGUUAUGCAACCUACAGGUGCCGUCAUCGCCCCCGCCGCGGCCAUAGAGCCCAGUUUGUCCCUUCACCCCUCCAGCGUCAUGGCUCCUCUCGCCCAGCAGAUGAACCACCUGUCUCUGGGCACCACAGGCACCUACAUGCCUGCUGCAGCGGCUGCUCCUAUGCAAGGAACCUACAUUCCCCAGUACACUGCAGUGCCUGCCUCUGCCAUCACAGUGGAAGGCGUGGUGACAGACCCAUCUCCUCAGUCGGCCGCCCCCUCCUCGCAGGACGCCAGCGGGCAGCAGCCUUUAUCCGUGGAGAGCACAGGAGACCAUGCCACAGCCUACUCUUACCAGCAGACUAAAUAAAAAGAUUGGUGGGAAUCGUUGCUGCAUUGCCUCCAGAAGGAUUGCACGGAGGCGCUGGAGACACAGGGGGAAUCGAAAUGAACCAGGGACAAAGAGGAGGGAGGUGAGAGACGACACCGAGGGGAGGAUGCUUCCACUGUGCACGGGCACCGAAUAAAAGACAAAACGAAGAAAAAAAAAAUCAAUUAUAUUUCUUACCAGGUUGAACCAAGAAAUGGUGGUUUGCUGAACUUGAGGACAAUGAGAUCAACCUGCAAAUAUGAGUUUAUCAUUUUUCACCAUGAGACUGGACUUUGCCUCCAAAGGAAAAAAGAGACUGAAAUGUAAACUCAAGUUGUACAGGAAAAAAAAGGAGAAAAAAAAGAAGAACAUUUGAAUGUGCAGGUAGAUUUUCAGACUUUUUUUAUUAAAGAAGAAAAAAAAAGGAAGGAAAGGAAAGUCUAGGGAAAAAAAUGGUUGUUGAACUACAUUAUUUUCAUUCAUUUCAUCAUUUGAGUAGUUUUCUAGAAUAUCAAUGUUUUUCUUAAAUCUUUAUUGCCUUAAUUUUCUCAGACUUUGGGGAAAAGAUUUCCAUAGUGUUGAAUUAUUAUAUAUAUAUAUAUAUAUGUAUAUGUAUAUACAUAUAUAUAUAUAUAUAUGUAUCAAAAAAGAAAGACUGAGGGAUUGAAUGACUUGAGAGGUUGUUGGCGUUUUCUCAGAGCCUUGAAGAUGAAAUCUACAAAGUUAUCUGUAUAGGAUUUAAAAAGUAAAGUUUGUAUUUGUAUGAAGAUGAUUUUAAAUUAUGUGGUGCAGUGCAGCUGGUGGUGGUUAAUAGGAAGAAAUGAAAAAAAGAGUCUUCUGUAAUGCGACUUGUGGAAAGGGUCAGUCCACCGAUCGCUGCAGUUUAGUUUAAUCACGGGAUAAAAGUUCUGUUCCUCCAUCGCAUUUCUAUUCUGGUUUGUUUGUUUGUUAUUUGGUCUUUUUUUUACUUUCCAGAAGUUUUUGAUUUGCCUGCUUUGCUUGUCUCACUGCAACAACAAAAACAAAAAGUACAAAAAAAAAAGAGAGUAACAUUUCUGACUUUGACAAAAAGCGGGAAAAAAAAAAUGCUAGGAUUUUUAAAUGUGCAAAAAGCAAUUGUUUUAGGAAAAAAAAAAGACAGUUGACAGUUUCUCGAGUCUUUCUUAGCUGGUGAACAAAACGCAGCCUACAGUGGCACAUUUUAUACCAAAGAUGAAGAAACGAAGAUGUGAAGAGAUCUUCCUCGCGUUGCUUUCUCUUUACUUUUAUCACCGCUGACACGGACAUGUUUUUUUCUCUUUUCUUGCUUUUCAUGCUGUCGGUGUGUGAGAUUCUCUCUCUCUGUUUUCCUUCCUAUCAGUUAAUGACACCGUGGAGAAGGUGUUACACACAAUUGCCUCAAUCAGAAGAGUGUUUGCUGAGAGGUUUUGGGCGCCAUGUGAUCAGAUGUGGUGAAGCCCUAAAGUGGCGUUGUGACAUCUGUUGGGAGAGCAGACACGCAGGAGAGAUAUCAUUGGGAAUAAGUGUACUUUAAGCGGUAAAGAGGCUUAAAAAGCGUCACAUCCUGUGGGAUAUCUGUGUCUGUGCUUCUUUAAACCUGUGUAUACACCGACGUCACCAUCCUCAGGCUGCAUUGACCAAUCUCACGUCCCCGAAUGCCGACACUGCCGGCAUGCUGUAACUCAUCAUAACCCCUCGAGAGUAAAAUCGUGGCGAGCGUCUCGGUCCACGCAACAAACCACUGUCUUGCCAAACACAAGCCAUUAAAAAUGGGAGCGCGACGAUGAAAUCUGUACGGUGAAAGGGCAUUUUUUUUUCCUGUGGAAUGGAAAUGUUUCAGUUUAUGUGUGCGCUCCUGAACAAAAAAUCUUUUUGUGUUGCCUUUUUUGUUUGAUAACUGAUUUAUGAUAUGCGAGCUGCUAAAAAAAAACACUUUUCAGUAUUGGGGAUUGAGGUUUGUCUUGUGGGCGUGGAAGGGAUUUGCCUCCGGGAUGACAGUAAAGGAUCAUGUUUGCAUUGGGAUGAAGAGGAUCAUGUGAAUAAGAGUUCGACGGUGGAGCGUAAUAAGAAAAGGAAAAGAAAAAGAAAAUGCUAGCUCUGAGUUCACGUUCUCAAAGCCCCACCCACCUGACUCUCCACCAAUGAAAGGAUGCUAGAGAAACAGGAGGAGACAGAAAAAACAAGUUUCAACCAAAAUCAAGCAGAUACAAAACCUCUAUUGGAAAGUGAGUUAGGGUCGAAGAAGUUCGAGAGGAGAAAAGCGAGAACAAAAGUAAUAUUUAUGAGACCUUUUUCUUUUUUGUACAGGUGUGUAAAAGAAGAUGCAACAGAAAUAACUUUGAUGCUAUUUUUUUAUUUGCUUGACUCACUCGCCUCCCAUGUCUUUCCAAUUGUGAUUCUGAGAGUGUCUGUAGAACCAGUGGGUAUUGCUGUAGUUCCAAAUGUCUUUUUGUUUUCUUUUUAGACAAAUCUUUCAAUAAAAAAAAAAAAAAUGGUUUAAACAGUC